UUCGGCCCUCUACACAAAAAAGAAAAAGGAAAAAAAAAAAACAGAUCCUUCGAGAGAGAAACAAAAAUGGCGGAGCACUUGGCUUCGAUUUUCGGCACGGAAAAGGACAGGGUGAACUGUCCCUUCUAUUUCAAGAUCGGCGCAUGUCGUCACGGAGAUCGCUGCUCGCGUCUCCACACCAAGCCUAGCAUCAGCCCUACUCUCCUCCUCUCCAACAUGUACCAGCGCCCCGACAUGAUUACCCCCGGCGUCGACGCCCAGGGUAAUCCAAUCGAUCCCCGCAAGAUCCAAGAGCAUUUCGAGGGAUUUUACGAGGAUCUAUUUGAGGAACUGAGCAAGUACGGUGAAAUUGAGAGUCUGAACAUAUGUGAUAACUUGGCUGAUCAUAUGGUGGGCAAUGUGUACGUUCAGUUUAGAGAGGAAGAACAUGCCGCGAAUGCGCUCAAAAAUCUUACCGGAAGAUUUUAUGCUGGACGACCUAUCAUUGUUGAUUUUUCACCUGUGACGGACUUCCGUGAAGCCACUUGCAGACAAUAUGAUGAGAACACUUGCAAUCGUGGUGGAUAUUGCAAUUUUAUGCACCUUAAAAGAAUCAGUCGGGAGUUGAGGCGCCAGUUAUAUGGAAAGUCUAGAAGGAGGCGAAGUCAUAGUCGAAGCCGAAGCAGAAGCCCUCGUAGGCAUCGUAGUAGCCAUGAGGAGCAUUCAUAUGGUGGACGUGGCCGCAGUAGAAGGUAUGAUGAUAGGGAGAAUUAUCAUGAAGACCGGAGCAGAAGGCAUAGAAGUACAAGUCCUGGCCAUCGGAGAGGGCGGAGCAGAAGCCCUGGAGGGAAGAGGAAUCGUAGCCCAGUCCGUGAAGGCAGUGAGGAGAGACGUGCUAGAAUUGAGCAAUGGAAUCGUGAAAGGGAACAACAAGAAAAUGCUAGCAAUAUUGAUAAAAAUGCGGCCAAUGAUAACAAUGAGAAUGGUAACAAUGGAUAUGUGCAAAAUAAUGAUAAGCACUAUCAGCAGCAGGAGUAACCUUGUCUUUGUGGCAGCACACCAAUCUGGAUUAACCCUUCUGCCUGGAUUUGUCCUUGGAGAAACUUGGUUUUAAAGGUUGUAUCAGGUUUUAAGUUGGGGAUGAAAAGAGUAGCAGCAAGCCUCUUGUCAAGUCUAUUGCGAGAGUCGUAGGUGAUGUUGUGAUCUGAUUACCCCUUAAUUGCAGCAGUUUUAAUUCGUUUGCAGACUUUGUAGUAAGUUGUUUUCACUUGACACAUUAAGGGU